AUGAUACCGUAGAUUGUAUGGCGUAGCUAGCAACGUAAUGGAGAACGAACGUGUGUGUUGUUGUUAUGGGCCAACCAACUUGAUCCAAUUUUUUGUAUCAACCUUAGCUCGAAUUAAUGUUAUACACAUACAUUUCAUUUAAAGAUCAAUAGCUAAACCCUACCAUGGAUGGGAAAGAGAAGCAGGAUGGCGUGUUGGAGAGUUAUUCACCUGCCACCAGCUUUGAAGUGCGACUCAAUGAGGUCCAACAGAGAAGCACAAAGUGCCCAUCUUCACAGAGGGCGAUGUCAAUCUUUGAGGUGUUUGACGAGGUCUUACCCCAGCUGGGAAUCUUCCGGAAGAUCCUGAAGAUGGUUAGAGAUGAGAUGUUUGAGGCUGUAUACAGUCACCAGUACACUGGUUCACAGGAGCAACAUACAGACUACAGCGCUGCUACCAAUGUUGUGACAGCCAGAGGGGUAGAGAACAAGGUCUACAUAGAGAGAAUACCAUAUUUCUCUCUCGUGCAGAGAGUCUAUGAUUCUAGGCAUGAGGAAGCUGAUGAACUGCGAGAGGAGGUCAAGGUUCUUCAGAAGCGCCUCUCAGACAAAACAAUGCAGUUCAACCAGGCGGUGACAACCAUUGGCGUCCUGAGGGAUGACAUCUUAGGACUUCAAGCCACGGUGGAGGAGAAAGAAGAGAUGAUCGACGAUAGAGAUGAUACAAUUGCAAGCAAGGAGGAUGAGAUCAUAACUCUGAAGGAGGAAGCCUUCAGGGAGAAGACACAACUUGAGAUGGAGAAGCACCAGUUGGAGGAAGAGGUGGCCAAACUGAAGAGCGAGGUGGAAUACCUCAGUCACUAUAAAAAGGGAUACGAUGAUUUAGAGGAAGCUUUCAUAUUCAGACCAGGAGAGGACAAAUUCACACAUGCUCCAAAGAAGUCCAGGAAGUCAGCUAUUGCAACAAAAAAGAAUCAUCUCCUGACGGACUACGAGGCAGCGAAGAAGAUUGAGAAGCAGUUGCUCCUGGUGAGGAACCAGACGAUCGAGGAGUUUGAUGCGUUCUUUGAGAGUCAUGUGAUGGAACUCAAAGACAGGGUCUUCAAGGAUAAACCUAGAGAGGAUCAAAUCUUACCGGAUCACAUCUAUGAUCAGGAGGAGCUUAUCAUUGAAAAGCUGGAUAUGCAGCUUGGUGACAUGCAGGUGAGAUUCCAGCAGACCAUCGAUGCCCUCAACAACGAGCUGGAGAUGAUUCGGCUCCACAAGGACUACGUGGAGACCCAGCUGGACGAACUUGACAAGCACAUCCGUGCAGGAGCCAAGCCACCCAGUCGUGUCAUGUUUCGCUCAACGGGUACUAAUCUCAACAGCGCAGGGGCUAGAAGCAACCAUUCGGCCUAUGGCAAGCAGUCCAGGCUGAGUGGAAAAGAAUCCACAAUGUCAGUGAGAGGGGGUGGAGACAGCUUUGAGAGCAUGGACUUCAUGGGUGCUGAGAUGGACCCGUUCAUUCCACAAGAGGCUAUCCUCAGCAAGUACUCUGUCAUGGUCUAUACAUCCACCAACCAGAAGAAGACAUUCCAUGGGCUCAAGGAUGCAAAGUUCUGUGCUAGCUGUGGGGAGAAGACUGUGAUCUGCCCCCACAAGGUGAGCAGCGAGAAGAUCAUCAUCCUGCCUCAUAACUGCUCUCACAUCAAGCUCUCUAGACCGAGGGUUAGGAUACAGUCUGAGCGCAAGGACAAAGAAUACCGCAAACCCCACCCACCGAAGAGCAAGAAAGGCGGACCCCAGUCGGGAACCACCGAUGCCAGUGGGAUACGGAAGAGCAAACAAAGGACCAGUCAAGAUACUGGCACCCAGGAGGGUGAAGAGCAACAAGAGAUGGAGAGACCUGAGGUGACGAUAAGGCUACCUGUCGAUGACCAGACAGAUGAAGGGGCAGCAGGAGAAGAAGAAGGAGAGAAGGAGGAGGAUGGGGAGAAGGAAGAAGGGGAUGAGGAGGAGGAAGAGGAGGAGGAAGGGGAAGAGAAGAAAAAGGCUGCUGCGCAAGAGCAACAGGAGAAGCCUUUCACUGUACUAUGGGAUGACUACAAGGAAAGGACAGGUCAGACUAGACAUGUACCCAGACCACUGGAAUUGAGGCGAGUGAUGUCCAUGAUCUCUCAGUUCUACUCCUACGUGAUGCUCCAAGAUGAUACAGCGGGCACUCCAGCAGUCUCCAUUCUUGAAGCCCUGUACACUCAUUUUGAGGAGCGUUACCUGAUCAGAGAAGUGUCCUAUCUGUGUAUGCAUGAUUUCAUCCAAGGUGUCAUUGAGUAUGCCCCUCAACACAAGUUCAUCCAGAUCUUUGCUCAUGUGAUGGUGGGUAACUUGGAUGCUACCGUCUUCCGAUAUCUCCUCAUCUUGACUGACUUGGUAGACCGGGUAGAUUGGCAUCACAUAGAGGACUUCAAGUACUUCAUCAUGGCUGUCUAUCCCUUCCUUAAUGAGGAUGAAUUAGACCAGCUUCAUCUCGGAUACACGUCCUUCAGUGAGAACAAAGUCACUAAGACACUCAUCUUUGAAUACUUCAUGUAUAUCAUACUCAAAUACAGAGAACCUCGCUUCCAAGAUGUUGAGAUGAAGAUGGCCCAGCGACCCGGCCGUGAGUUUGGGGUGAUGAGUGAGAGAGAGUUUAACGAGGCAGCAGACGCUCUAGCUCCUCUCGCCAAUGAAGGAUUGAGAAACAGACUAUUCCGGGAAUCACUGGAGCACUUCAGCAAAGAUGGUCGAGUGGCUAUCAGUCGUCUGACGUACAUUGUGAGCUACUUGCUCCUGUAUGGAAUGGCUCCUCUCCUCCGGGAGAAGAUCUCAGAGACCAUGCAGGGGUUCAGACUAGACUCGGCCGACACCCAGUCCAGGACUAACCAGUCUAGAGGAGGCAUGCAGUCCAGGGGAACUAACCUAUCUAGAACAGGGCAUAGCACUGAGAGACCAGUUACCAUGGCAACUAUGAGUGGAAAUCAAGAGAAGAGUGAUGAGCCACAGAUUAUCACUGCCUCACAGCUGAAGAACCUGGCCAAGAAUGUAGAAAGACGAUCUCUGAAUCGUGGCAUGCGUCAGAUCCAAGCCAACCCUCGGAUGGACAUAGACGAUAUGCUUGGCGACGGUGAAGCCUUUGAUGAGCUGGCAGAGUUUAGCAACAGUGGACUUUUGAUGAUUGGACCAGACUAAACUACUGUAGUCAAAAUGAAGUGGCACAUAAACCAGGCCCUGAGGAAGAACAGCAUUAAAUCUAACAUGAGGGGUGUUUCACAAAGA